UCUCCCUACCUACCUAAGUACCCGAUAGGGCACCUCUGAGCCAGCGCCUUUCUUAGGGUAGGUAGGUAAUAGAUCGUAAGGUAGGCAGGUAACCUACCUUGAGGACAUACAACAGGUGGAGGUAUAUAGGCAUGCACUGAUUUGUUCCACUUAUGACGGAGAAUAUCCGGCCAUUAGCUACCUGCCUAUGUGACGUAGUGAAUAACCCUAAGUCGCCGGCGCCAAUCUCCAUGCAACAACCUCCCCUCCCCUCCCCUCCCCUUUUAUCUGUCUUGGGAGCAACUUUUCCCUUCCCCACCUUUCAUUAACGCGAACAAGGGACUCGCGAGGGUUAUCGACUACACUACAUAUCCGAGUCCGCUGUCUAAUCGGCAAUCUAAACAGUUCAAAUCGGACCGCCCAGACUCGGAGCCUCUCUUCUUCUUCUCGUUCUUCUCCUUCCAGUAGGCUUUCUGGUUGUCGUAUCCCGUAUCAACCGCUGCCUGAAUCUCAAUCCCAUCAUAGUCCGGUUCGAAGCGGUAACAACAUACAUCUCUGUUCGACAUGACCCCUCAACCCUUCACCGUCAGAUGGGGCAUCAUGGCCACCGGUGGCAUUGCUCAGACCUUCACUAAGGACCUGCUCACCAACCCCGCGGUCCGAGAUGCGCACGACGUUGCGCACGAACUGGUGGCCGUCGCGUCCUCCACCUCCAAGGACAGCGCUCUCUCCUUCUUGGAGAAGGUCAAGGCGCCAGCUGGAGUGAAGGCAUAUGGCUCCUACGCCGAGCUGGUAAACGAUCCGGACGUUGACAUCGUCUACGUCGCAACCCCGCACAGCCACCAUUUCCAAAACACGAUGCUGGCUUUGGAGGCCGGCAAGAACGUGCUAUGCGAGAAGGCCUUCACAGUCAAUGCAGCUCAAGCCCGCAAGCUCGUCGAGACUGCCAGGGCCAAGAACCUCUUCUUGAUGGAAGCUGUCUGGACGAGAUACUUCCCUCUCAGCAUCAAGAUUCGAGAGCUGGUCAAAUCCGGUAUCAUCGGUCCGGUCUACCGGGUCAUUGCCGAUAAUUCGUUUGGCAAUGACGGGCCGAACGGCACUUUGACCUUCCCCGAUGACAACCGGAUGGUCAACUUGGAUCUAGCAGGCGGCUCGUUGUUAGACCUAGGUAUCUACUCUCUGACUUGGCUGUUCCAGAUAUUGUACCACCUUCAACCCGAGGCCGAAAAGGAGGCCCCGCACACCGUAGCUGCCAUAAACAAGUACUCAACGGGAGCAGACGAGACGACCAACAUAAUCCUCCAGUUCCCAAAGCAUAAGAGUAUGGGCAUUGCCAUGACAACCCUGAGACUCGCUACCGAUAUCGAUGGCCAUAAUAGCGGCGGGCCUGCGAUAAAGAUCCAGGGCCCUCUAGGCGAGAUCCAGGUCAUGGGUCCGGCUUUCAAGCCCUUGCAAUAUAGGAUUGUCAGGAAGGAUGGAGGAGGCAAGAUUGAGGUCGUAGACUACCCCAUCCCCCACGACCCCGAGCGGGACUGGGGCCACGGCAUGUUUUGGGAGGCGGACGAAUGCGCCAGGUGCCUCCGCGACGGCAAGAAGGAGAGCGAGACGCUCCCCUUGUCCGAGAGUAUCGUCAUCAUGGAGGUCAUGGAGGAGGCUCUGAGGCAGGGAGACGUGCAAUACCCCCCCCUCAUCACUACCGAUGUGUACGACCCGAAGAGCCCGCUAAACACUGGUGGCAAAUGAGAACUAUCUGCCGGUAGUCUCAUUAGUCUAUGAAAAUGAACCUUUUGGAGAUACGGCAAUAAUAUUCUAGCGGCUCAAAUAUGAUGUGACGCCUUGAUGGCGUCUAUAAUAAUUGUUGUAGCACCGCAGUUAUGAAGACAAGGUUCCGAAGUGACAGUACCGCUUACGGUUCAGCGCGAAGGUAGUCUUAUACAGCUAAGACAACCUUAACUAUCUCUUACCAGCUAUUUCUUAGAUUACAAUACCACUCUUGUGGCUUUCAAGACUAUAAUAGAGACCAGUGUCAAUCUAAUCACUGUCGAUCCAAGC